UGUGGAGUGCGUGACCAAUGACAGCGCAGAGUUUUCCUGGAUACUGUGAAUGAGGACCUCCUGCUUACCACCGCAUGAGGCGCAAAGGAGGCGUAAACAUUUAUAGCUAGGUACCUCACAAGGUAAUGGACAUGAGCAGCAACAGUGACUGCUUUGGAUGUGGCCGCUCUGGACAUUGGAUCAAGGACUGUCCUAAUGCCAUGGGACGUGCACGAGGCAAGGGCAGAGGACGAGGCAAAGACAUGUUGUGCUUUCGAUGUGGAGACUUCGGACACAGGGCUAAGGAGUGUGAGCAGACUGAAGAUGCCUGCUACAACUGCCACAAGAUCGGCCAUAUUUCUAAGGAUUGCAAGGAGCCCAAGAGGGAGAGAGAGCAGCUCUGUUACAACUGUGGCAAAGCUGGCCACAUGGCCCGUGAGUGUGACCAUGCCAGUGAGCAGAAGUGCUACUCCUGUGGUGCAUUUGGCCAUGUCCAGAAGGUUUGUGAUAAGGUGAAAUGUUACAGGUGUGGUGAGAUUGGUCACGUUGCUGUGCAGUGCAGUAGAGCCAGUGAGGCCAACUGCUACUACUGCAAAAGGCCAGGCCACCUGGCAAGAGAUUGCGAGAGUAACUGCAAAAGCAGCGGAGAGUCUAGCCAAGCGGCGAAGGAUUGUGAGACUACCUGCCGCCACUGUGGACAGUCAGGCCACCUGGCAAAAGAGUGCACCAUUGUAGCCACUGCAUAAUCAGUGCCCUCUGCUGCCCCUCCUUUUUUUCCAGAUUGAUGGUUGGUUGUAUUAUUUUCUCUAAAUCCUCUUCACUGGCCAAGCUUUGGCUGACAGAGGCUAGUCCCAGGCCAGUGAGCCUCUCAACACGUAAUACAAUGAAAGGGGUGACAAAUCUUUCUGCAUUCAAUACAAAAAAUGUUUUAGUUUGGUAGCAGUGUUACGUAUAAUGCUUUGUUAAAGAACCCCCCUUUCCAAGCCACUGGUGAGCAGAGAUGAUUGAAUGGGACUAAACAUGGAAAUACAUACAGGAAAUACAGGACCUCAGAGGUUGUGGAAGUGAGUCUCAGUAAUGUGAGACAGACAGGAGUUAAGUGGAAACCUAGAGGUUUCCUCUACAGUGACCUCUUUCCUUGUUGUUUUUUCUUCAUUUUAAAGCUGAUGAACUCACUUGGAUGAGUGGCGAAAUACCUUGAAGGCAAACAAGAAGUCUGGUUGCUGUAGAGUAAACUUCUAGAUGUCUCCUACUUGGGUGACUGAGAGCCUUCAUCAACAGAAACCUGAACUUCCGUGUAUGGGUCUUUUGGUUUGUUUUUAGCGGGAUACGAGUUGGUCAAGAGCGCUUGACAUGGACAGUUAACAACAAGGAUGCAUUUCAGCCCUUCAAGCAGCUAGAUGGGCAGUAACAACUACAUGUUUUUGCUGAGAUAUAAGUUUUUGGAGGUAUUAUGAGGAAUUAAUUAUUUUAUAGAAUCCUGUUUACAAUUAAAUAACACUUGGUAGACCAAGGUAAAUGUUUCUUUUGAAAAUUACUUUGGAUUUUUUUUCUUUAAAUCUUGGCAAAAAAUUAAGAUCAAGAAAAGUUGUCAGAACAGCAGAAUUGGGAGAUAUUUGGAAAAGAAUCUUUUCACAGAAAAUCAAAAUGUUAUUUUUGUACAAUAUCACUUAGACUACUGUAUAAAUACCUUUUGCUUGUACUCAGUUUUUAAGUCAGAAGGAAAGUGCAACUGGAGUCCUAGAAAAUAGAAAUGUAAAUUUAAACUGUCAAUAAAGCUGGAGGAGCACGGGGA